GCGGGUUUCCUCAAGUUUAAUAUAUUAAAAGUAGCUAUUAAUGAUUGAAUUUUUUUUUUAAUAUACAAAUAGUUAUAUAGAUCAUAAUUAACCUUAAAGCUUAAUGCAAUAUAAUAAUUCUAUUAAAUUUAGCUAAAGGUUUAAAAAACAAUAAAAGUGAUGGAUUCAGAUUCUAAUGCAUUAUCUUGUACAGUUAUAGUGGAGUGGAUUAACAAACAUGGAUCAAUUAUUCGAAGAAUAAAUCAUAGAUCUGCUUCUUUGCAUUUGAUUCGUGAUCAUUUACGAGAUAUGAUAGUAGAAAUACAUGCUGAUAAAGCAAAUGUUAAAACCAAGUUAAAGUUAAAAAAAGUUUCUGUAUUUAAUAAAUUUAUGAACGAGGGUAAAGCAUCUAUUAAAUUUCUAGAAGAAAAUUGUACUCUCUUCUUAUCCAAUGCACCAUCAGCUUCAUUGAUAAAUUUCUUGAAAACGAUAUUUAUUAAAAUGACGGGACAAGUUGAGAAAACUUCAGAUAGACCAUUGAAAGAAAGAUUAUUAUCAAAUACACCAUUGAGUGGUGCUCAAGAAAUAAGUCCAGCAACAAGUAAAGAAGUUAAUAGUGCUAAAGAAAGAGCAAUUGCUUUGUCUCGUGCAACGGUGACUACUCCAUCACCUAGUGCUGUAAAAAAAAGAAAACGUUUGAGCGAUAAUUCACCUAAGGUACCUGCUGCUAAGAAAUUAUAUGAAAAUCCAACUAUAGGUGAUCUGACAGAAGAACAAAGUAGGGUUUUAAAUGCUGUACUUAGUGGGAAAAAUGUAUUCUUUACUGGUAGUGCUGGUACUGGUAAAUCAUUUUUAUUGAAAAAAAUAAUAGCAGCCCUACCACCGGAUGCAACAAUAGCUACAGCCAGCACAGGUGUUGCUGCUUGUCACAUCGGUGGAGUUACUUUACAUCAAUUUGCAGGAAUUGGACUUGGUAAUGGAACUUUAGAGAGAGUUUUUCAAUUAGCCUCCCGCCCUUAUUCAGCCUCGGUAUGGAGAAAAACAAAGCAUUUAAUUAUCGAUGAGAUUUCUAUGGUAGAGGCAGACUUUUUUGAUAAAUUAGAAGCAGUCGCAAGACAUGUACGUAAAACUGAAAGACCUUUCGGUGGUAUACAAUUAAUUCUGUGCGGAGAUUUUUUCCAAUUACCACCUAUCUCCAAAAGAGAUGGAGAAGUGAAAUUCUGCUUUCAAAGUGAGGCAUGGGAAAAAUGCGUUCAUUUUAAUUUUGAAUUAAGAAUAGUACAUAGACAAAAAGAUCCAGAGUUUAUAGAAAUUUUAAAUAAUAUUAGAAUAGGAAGAGUUACAGACAGUAUUUCCGAUACUCUUAAGGCAACGGCUAAACAAAAAAUUGAAAGUAAUGGAGUUUUGGCAACAAGACUAUGUACUCAUAUAAAUGAAGCUGAUGAAAUUAAUGAUUUUCAAUUGAAUGAAUUAAAAGGAGAAAGUAAAACUUACAUAGCACAAGAUUCCGAUCAAAUGAUGACCAAAACAUUGGAUCAACAAUUGCCAGUGCCUGGCAAAUUAAUUUUAAAAGUUGGUGCUCAAGUUAUGUUAUUAAAAAACAUUAAUCUUUCAACUGGCUUAGUGAAUGGCGCUAGAGGAAUAGUUAUUAAGUUUGUAGAUGAUUUACCUGUAAUUCAGCUUAGGUCAGGGAAUAUUUAUCAUACUAAACUCGAAAAAUGGUCUAUAAAAACUGUAUCGGGUAGUAUAGUAUAUAGAAAACAAAUCCCAUUAAAAUUGGCAUGGGCUUUUUCUAUACAUAAAAGUCAAGGUUUAACUUUAGAUUGUGUAGAAAUGUGCCUCUCUAGAGUUUUUGAUGCUGGUCAAUCUUAUGUUGCACUUUCACGGGCACAAAGUUUACAAUCAUUACGAAUUUUAGAUUUCAAUAGUCAACAAGUAUGGGCUAAUACUACUGUACUUCAAUUUUAUAAAAGAUUUAGAAGAAAUUUAUAUGAAAUGGAUAUUAUUCCUAUAGGGAAAAAAGCUAAAAUUAGUAAAUAAUGUUAGAAGAAUAAAAUCAAUUUGAUCAA